UCGCUGCACCAGAGGAAAGAUUCUGAGUUGCGGGACUGACUGUGGUCCAUGCGGCACCCAUGUCACAUCCACAAAGCUCCACCAGGCUGCGGUGGUGGCCAUGCCCACUUCCCUUGGUUUCUCCCUCGCAGUCAUGUGAGCCACGCUUCAGCACACCGAUGUCUCUCACCGACACACCCCACCGCACAGUCCGACCUCACCACCACAUGUUCCGUUUCUCGAAAUGACCACCAGGUGACAUGUUUUUUUAUUUUUAAAAUUUUUUACACUAGUGCAGUCAUCACGCAAUGCUGAUGACAUACGAUUGUAGUUUUUUUGUUUCGACAUGGAGUAGGAGUUAGAGGAGGUGGGGAGCUGCCGAACCCUAUUCUUGGAGGUUUGAUGUGACAUUGAUUCGGAUGUGCAUUUUUCAGCUGCUGUUUGAGUUUGGGCUCUGAUGGCGGUGGUAGGGAAUUGAGUAAAGGCGAAGAGAGGGAGCUAUUUAUUUAUGUUUUGGUUGUGUGGAGAUUGGUGAGCAGCAGCGUAGGUAGUUGAUUUGAGUUUUGAUUCAGUGUAAUGUAAACGAAAUGUGGGGUUCGUGAUUGGAGAGGUAAUCAAGGUGGAUUUUUUUUUUCCCCCUAAAUCUGGUGCAAUUGAAGCUUGCGGUUUUUGGAGAGUGGUCUCAAAUGGCGAGGUCGGUGAUCGAUGUGAGAGGUUGGGAAAUUAGGACGCUGCCAGGAUUUAGCAUUCUAGACGACUGCUCGUUGCAGAACGGGAAAAGUGAUGUGUAUCGCAUGUUCCAUGGGUUCAAUGUUUCGCGCCGUGAUCAUGGGGAUCGUUAUGUUGGGCUGUGGCGGCGGAAUAGCUCGCAGUAUGCGCCACUUGGUACAGGAUUUGCAGGUUUGGACAAGAAUUGCGCAGGAGGUUGUAUUCGAAUUGAAUUCAUUAAAUCACUGCAGCCGCAUGCAGCUUUGCAGAAUGCACUUACUGCGGAAAGACAAUCUUUUAAUGUUUGGAGCAAUAGGGGGUGUUUUGACGGAUCUCAUUUCUCGUAUGAGGCUAGGGGGUCGACUAAGUGUUAUUGCUGGUCAAGUCAGAAAGGACAGGGGUAUGGGCAGGAAAAGAAUACCGGAAAUCUGGCGGCGGGUAAUGUGCCCUUUGUGAAUUGGUUUCGGGCAGCCGCACCAUACAUUCAAGGGCAUCGGGGGAGCACUUUUGUGAUCGUCAUACCUGGCGAAGUUGUUGAGAAUAAGUCUGCACUUGAGAGCAUUCUUCAGGACAUAGCUCUUUUAAAUGGUCUUGGAAUUAAGCUGGUCAUUGUGCCCGGCACACACAUUCAAAUUGAUCAGCUCUUGCAUGAGAGAGGGAUUGAGCCGCAGUACGUGGGGGCAUAUCGAAUAACGAACGAUCAAGCUCUGCAGGCUUCAAUGGAAGCUGCUGGCAAGAUCCGCGUAGACAUCGAAGCUAAACUCUCGAGGGGACCUUCUAUUCCUAUACUCCGGCGUCAUGGUUCCAGUGACCGACGGCAUGAAGUGGGCGUAAGCAUCUGUAGCGGAAACUUUGUAACAGCCAAGCCAAGAGGUGUGGUAAACGGCAUCGAUUUCUUGUCCACGGGAGAAGUGAAGAAGAUCAAUGUUGCUCGUAUCCAAGAGCGAUUAGAUAGCAACUGCAUUGUUAUUCUCAGCAACUUGGGAUACUCCGCCUCUGGCGAGGUUCUCAACUGUAACACUUACGAGGUGGCAACAGCUUGUGCAACAGCUCUUCAAGCCGACAAGCUUCUUUGUUUAUUAGAUGGUCAAGUAUGUGAUGAAAAUGGGCGUUUAAUAAGAUUUAUGACUUUACGAGAGGCUGACCAACUCAUCCGAAAGCGUGCAGGACAAAGUUACACUGCCGCUGACUAUGUGAAAGCUGUCGCUGGACCAGGGUAUGUUAAAAGCCUAGGUCUUGAGACAAAGGUCGGUUGUGCUUCACGUGACGAUUCUAUUUCCAACAACUUUGAGGCGACCAGGGAGGUGAAUGGUAUUAUGACGGGGCAUGAACACCUUGACUCUUACAUCAGUGAAGCUUUACCUUCGGGCGAUACGGACGGUAAUGAUGCAAUCCGAAAAGGUUUUGCCAUUGGUGGGCAGGAGCGGUUGAUUCGAACGUACGCAUAUCUGUCCGAGCUCACGGCGGCUGUCUACGUUUGUCGAGGUGGUGUGGGUCGUGUACACUUAUUAAAUGGUAACAUUCAAGGAGCUUUGCUGCUGGAGCUCUACACCCGUGAUGGGGUUGGCAACAAUGGUCUCAAGCUUAGGAUCCCAAUGUGCUGGAAAGAAAAGAGUGGAGAAAUUGCCGCAUUUGCUGUCUCACCAGAAUGCCGCGGUCAUGGUCGUGGAGACACCUUGCUUGAUUAUCUUGAGAAAAAAGCAGUAAACUUGGGCUUGGAGAAGCUUUUUCUACUUACAACACGUACUGCAGACUGGUUUGUACAACGGGGAUUUGGUAAGUGUGAGAUUGAUGCACUUCCUGAGGAAAGACAGGCUCGAAUCAACUUAUCGCGGGGCUCCAAGUACUACAUGAAACAUCUGCAGCUAGACCUUUCUGAUUCAGGUCCACGUGAAAUAUUAGUAAGCUCAGAAAGAAGUUGAGUGAGUGCUUCCACUUCAUUGUUAUUCAAUUUCGUAAGAAAUUUUGACAACCUUUCUGGACUUAAGUUU